UAUAUCGAGCUGGCAUUACGCCGUUGCAUUUCUUUUUGCAAAAGAAAAAUAUAAAGUCGGCGAUUCUUGAGAAAUUCAUAGCAAAAAAAGAUAAGUAAUAUUAAAAUGGGUGAUCACAUUGUUGAGGUCCAACACCGUCUUCCCCCUCCGCCACAACAAAUGAUGCCGCCAGGUGCUUCGUCGCUUAUGCCAAUGCCAAAUUUGCGUACGCCACCUCCGAUCAUUAUGCAAACUCCUCCCAACUUCUCAAAUAUCGGUGUAAAUAAACCAAACAUUCCACCUCAGCAGUGGAAUCCGUCAAUAAGACCUGAAACAAUCGCAGAGCAAGUUUCCAAACAACAGUCGCCCAUGUCAGAUGCUGCAUUGAAUAAUUCAGGUACUUCAAAUGAGAAUGCUGAUGCAAAUUUGGAUGACAAAACAAAGAAAUCUGUAGAAGUAGUGUUGCCUAAAGCUUUAGAGGAUGUUUUGGCUUUAAAGGACCAACGAGCUGCGGCAUUUGAUGAAAAUGAUGAUUAUAUAAAUGAGAGAAACGCACGUUCAAACAUGAAAGACAAUUUAACAAACAGCGUGAUCAGUAGUGAUUAUGUAGAUGGUGGCGACGAAUCUGACGAUGAAUUGGAUGAUGCUACACAUAAUGGUGUGAAGUCAAAAAGUGAGAAACAAAGUAGGGCUGAAAAAAAUAAAAAGAAGAAGAAGCGUAAGAAGCAAAACCGCAAAAUACGACAACAACAACAACAGAAAUUUACGUUGGAAAGGCAUGAAAUUGAUGUUAGUACAGUCCAUGAAAAGUCUGAACAAAAACCUAAAGAUAAGAAAUCUAGUAAUAAAAUUGUGGAAAAGAAUACCACCAAAGACAAAGGCAAAGCAGGUGAUGAUGUCUCUAUUGAAUAUGUGCCUGAAAAAAUUACAAUAGCCGAUUUAGCGCCAAUGUAUCGUCAAUUUUACAGAGUUUUUGAAAUAUUUAAAUUAGAGAAUAAACCUAAGGGCACAGAAAAAGAUAAAGCAGCUAGUGAAAGUAAUGGUCCUAAUGCGCACAGAAAAUUUAAUGAAAAGUCGCAAGACGACGAUGAUGAUGAAAUAGAAGAAGAAGGCAAGGAAGACAAAGAGAAGCUGUCAAAACGGAAAUUAAAGAAGUUAACUCGACUAAGCGUCGCAGAACUUAAGCAAUUAGUUUCACGUCCUGAUGUGGUCGAAAUGCAUGACGUUACUGCGCGUGAUCCCAAAUUGUUAGUGCAAUUAAAAGCUUAUCGUAAUACGGUUCAAGUGCCACGGCAUUGGUGUUUCAAACGUAAGUACUUGCAAGGCAAGCGAGGUAUUGAAAAACCACCUUUUGACCUUCCUGCAUUUAUCAAGAAAACUGGUAUAAUGGAGAUGCGAGAAUCACUACAGGAGAAAGAUGAUGCUAAAUCAUUGAAAACCAAAAUGAGAGAACGUGUUCGCCCAAAAAUGGGUAAAAUCGAUAUAGAUUAUCAAAAACUACAUGAUGCAUUCUUUAAAUGGCAAACUAAACCACGUAUGACUAUACAUGGUGAUUUAUACUACGAAGGAAAAGAAUUUGAAACACGUCUUAAAGAAAAGAAACCAGGUGACUUAUCUGAAGAGUUGCGUAUUGCUUUAGGUAUGCCAGUGGGUCCAAAUUCACAUAAAAUACCACCUCCCUGGUUAAUUGCACAACAACGAUAUGGACCUCCACCAUCAUACCCAAACCUCAAGAUACCUGGUUUGAAUGCACCGAUUCCCGAAGCUACGUCCUUCGGUUAUCAUGCUGGAGGUUGGGGAAAACCACCAGUCGAUGAGAAUGGUAAACCUUUGUAUGGUGAUGUUUUUGGUACCAACAUUAUGGAUAUGGACACUGGUAUAGAUGAAGGUGAUAUUGAACGUAACCAGUGGGGUGAACUAGAAUCAGAAUCUGAGGAAUCAUCCGAUGAAGAAGAUGAAGAUGGUGAAGAUCUAACCGCUGGACAAGAUGAGAGUGGCCUGAUUACACCAGCUGGAGGUUUGGUAACUCCAUCUGGCCUUACUAGCGUACCUGCCGGAAUGGAAACGCCAGAAAACAUUGAAUUGCGCAAAAAGAAGAUUGAAGCUGAAAUUGAAGAUAAUGAAACCCCUGUAUUGUACCAAGUGUUACCUGAAAAACGAGGCGAACGUGUCGGAGCAUCUAUGAUGGGCUCCACUCAUGUAUACGAAAUGGCCGGCGUUAAUAAACAAGCCACAGUUCGCACCACAGUAGCUGUAGAAAGGGAAGGCACUGUUGAGUUAGCUCUUGAUCCAUCCGAAUUGGAUAUGGACAACGAAGCUAUGGCUAUGCGCUACGAACAACAAAUGCGGGAACAACAGAAUAAUUUACAGAAAGAAGAUCUUUCAGAUAUGUUGGCAGAACAUGUAGCACGCCAGAAAUCCAAACGGAAACGUCAACAAACUGAACAAACCAAAACCACUAAGAAAUAUAAAGAAUUCAAAUUCUAAACCAAAAUUAAAAUUUGUCCAAAUAACAUUUUAUUUUUCAUAUCGUUAAGAUGUAGGAAUUUUUAACAAUAAACCAAUUAAAAAUAAAUUGAAAAAAAGAAGUUACAAUCUCAGCAGAAUUUUCGACAACGGAAAUAUCCCUACAAAUUCAAUUGAAGUUAAAAUCUUAAAUAAAAUAUUUUGACGCAAGGUGACGAUACACAUAGAGCACUUCUCGCCAGUGGUAAUGCGAUUUUAACAUAAAAAGGAAAUCAAACUGUUUGAAAAGAAAUGUUAACGAGCGCGAUUAAUCAAGUAAUCUGCGCAAUUUGCGCUCCAGGCGGUCCAAGCCUUGACUGAUAAAAAAACUCAGAACCUGAAUACAAAUUAAUUAAACUUGAAUAAAAAUAAUAAAAUGCCGUUUAUAAAUUA